UUUUCUUUGAGUCUGUCUUUGUGGAGGAGGAGGAGGAAGAAACCGCUAUUACUUUUUCUUACAGAAGCGGGAGGGGCGUUGGGUGGUGGGGGGGCCGUUAGUAGCAUCCAAGGGAGGAGGAGAGGAGAGGAGGUACUCUGGUUCAGACCAACCGCGAAACAGAGCAGCGUCAAACCUCCCUCUCUGCCCCUCUUCCUCCAGCGGUGGAGAAAAUUCAACUUUCUGAACGGCUGCCACGACAUGAGUUGCACCUGAAGGUACGGCAUCUUCAGCACGCCAGAGAAAUGAACUGAGGACGCAGAGGUGAACACUUGUUUCUUCAGGACGUCCAAGAUUUACAGUGAAGCCAUGAGGUUGCAGAGGAGCGCGGGAGUGGUCGCUGUGCUGGGCUUGAUCACCUGUAUUUGUGCCUUUCACAUGUCUACUGCCACUGACAUCCCACUCGAGGUUUUAGGUCUUGUAAACAUUGAGCAGCUGCCCACCAUCACAGCUCAGUCGCCUAGCUCUCUCAUCGCCUUCCCUUUUGAUGAGAGCUUCCCCAUGACGUGUGAAGCCAAAGGGAAUCCCGAGCCAGAAUUCAGAUGGACAAAGAAUGGCCAGGAAUUCGACCCCUUUCUAGACCCCCGGCUGAUGAAAGAGGAAAAUUCUGGGACCUUUGUGAUACCCAAUGAUGGGAACCUUACAGAGUACCAGGGAACCUAUCGCUGUUACGCCUCAAACAAACUGGGGACCGCCAUAUCGAAGGAGAUUGAGUUCAUUGUGCCCCAUGUUCCAAAGUUUCCUAAAGAAACACUUGAUCCUCUUGUGGUGGAGGAAGGCCAGCCUUUUACUUUACAGUGUAACCCACCAAAAGGAAUACCACCUCUGCAGAUCUACUGGAUGACUAUCAAUCUCCAGCACAUAGAACAGGAUGAGAGGGUGUCAAUGGGCUUGAAUGGAGACCUUUACUUCUCUCACGCGGUUGAGAAGGACAGCAGGAGAGACUACUGCUGCUUCGCUGCCUUCCCAAGAAUACGAACCAUUGUUCAGAAGACUGCCAUGUCUGUUAUUGUAAAGACAAAGAAAACUGAUACAAGUUCUGAAACUGCUAAUGCAAUCCUGGAGAGAAGACCUACACUUUUGACGCCCUCUGGUGUCAAAUCAGAGAUACAGCUGGUCAAAGGAGAAGACUUGAAAUUGGAGUGCAUUGCUGAAGGAUUUCCAACUCCAAAGGUUGAGUGGGUGAAGAUGGGUCAUCACCUUCCUGAUAAAGCAAAACCGGAGAGUCAUGGGAAAUUGUUGAUUGUAUCAGCAGUUGAACAGGAAGACAGCGGGAAGUAUAUGUGCAAGGCAAAGAACACAUUAGGAGAAGUUGUCCAUUACUUCACAGUGACAGUAGAAGAGCCUCCAGAGUGGGUGUCUGAACCUGAGAGUCAGCUCAGCAUGAUCGGCUCAGAGGUGCACAUCCAAUGCUCCGCCAGUGGGACUCCUCAGCCAACUGUAACAUGGAAGGUGAACGGUGUACCUCUUAACGAAGUCCCAGCAGCCAACAGGAAGAUGUUUGAUAACACCAUAGUUUUGUAUAAUGCCAAAGCAUCUGACAGCGCUGUCUAUCAGUGUGAGGCCUCCAACAGGCAUGGAAACCUUCUGUCCAAUGCAAACAUCAUGAUUAUGAAUCUGCCCCCCAUGAUUUUGACCAAUGAGGGGGAGGAUUACUCUGCUGUAGAGGGUAAGGGAGUGAUGAUGCACUGCAAGGUCUUCAGCUCUCCUCCUUCCACUAUCACCUGGAGCAAAGAUGAUUCCUCUGAAUCCGUGGAGGGGCCAAGGUUUACCAUUCACGAGAAUGGAUCCCUGGAGAUCUACAGUGUAGAAAGAGAGGACACAGGACAGUACACGUGUUUAGUUAAAAACACAGAGGGAUCAUCUGCCAUUGACGCCAUGCUCUAUGUGAAAGAUCCCACUAGAAUAGUUGUGGCCCCGGAGGACCAGCAGAUCUUAAUAGGUACCACAGCCCAGCUCUCAUGCCUGGCAGAGUAUGACAAGUCCUUCAGCAAUGACUUUGAGCUCCUAUGGGAAAAAGAUGAUAUGGAGAUAGCCCUCAACUACACUGAGAAUUCAAGAUACUUAGUGGAGGAUGGUAUUCUUCAGAUCAUCAAUGUAAGCCAUGGGGACCAGGGUGUGUACACAUGUGUGGCAAGAACUCCAGUGGACCGAGACAUGGCUUCAGCACUGCUCUUGGUGUUAGACGUCCCUGAUGCGCCUGAGAACUUGGUACUGUCUGAACACAAGAGCAAAAGUGUGAAACUGAAAUGGAUCCCUGGGGACGAUCACAACAGCUCAACCACAGAUUUUAUUAUUGAGUAUGAGGAAAGCCAGUGGGAGCCAGGAAACUGGAAGGAGCUGCACAGAGUGCCUGGGAACCACAACUCAGCCGUCCUCAAGCUCCACGGUCACGUUGACUAUCGCUUCCGCGUGUCUGGAGUUAAUAGUGUGGGGAGGGGUCCUCCCAGCGAGCCCACGGAGAGAUACAAAACCCCCGCAGCAGCCCCUGACAAGAACCCUGAAAAUAUCAAAAUCGAAGGUCAUUUGCCACAUGAAAUGGAUAUCAACUGGGAGCCCUUGUUGCCCAUUGAGCACAAUGGCCCUGGUCUGGAAUAUAAGGUGAGUUAUAGAAGACAGGACAUACUGGAGGACUGGAGGGAACACAUGGUGAAGAGACACUCGUUUGUGGUGAAGAACACUCCCACCUUUGUUCCCUAUGAGAUCAAGAUCCAAGCCAAAAACAAUCAGGGCUGGGGCCCGGAGCCCAAGAUAGUGACUGGCUAUUCAGGAGAAGACUUUCCCUCUGCUGCACCUGAUGAUGUAGCUGUAGAGGUGAUGAACAGCUCAGUGGUCAAGGUUAGCUGGGCGCGUGUACACAAGGACAAGCUACAUGGACAUCUGGGAGGCUACAGGGUACACUGGUGGCGUCUGCGCAGUUUGGUGGACUCAAAGAAAAGUCAUGGAGACAAACAGACACUGACGUUCCCGGGGGACAGGAACCACGCUACUGUACCAGGACUAACUCCCUUCUCCGAGUACAGCCUCAUUGUCAUGACCUUCAACAGGCGGGGUAACGGCCCCGGCAGCCAUCCCGUCAACUUCAAAACCCCAGAGGGAGUCCCGGAGAAAAAUCCUAUUUUCAGGGUCACAGAUGUACAGAAGCACACUGUCUCUCUGGCCUGGUCCCAGCCAUUGGAGCCUAAUGGGAUUCUCACCGGGUACCUCCUGGAGUAUCAGCUUAUCAACGACACGGAGGAUGUGGGGCCGCUACAGACGGUAGACAUUAGCAACCCUGACACCACCAAGUGGAUCCUACGUGACUUGGAGCCUGUGAGCAAAUACAAGUUCUACUUGCGCUCCUGCACCACUGUGGGCUGCGGGCCUGUUGUGAGCGAGGAAUGCACCACCACCCUAGAAACAACUUCAACUUUGGCUUCCACUGCUGGCCUCAGCAAGUCAGCUUCCCCCUCACCUCCAAGCACUCCAAAGUCCCCAGUGACCAAACCCACUCGUUCCACCAUAGGUCUUGCCAGCAUCCACGGAGGUAUAUCCACCCAGGGCUGGUUUAUCGGCCUGAUGUGUGCCAUCGCCCUCCUCACGCUCAUUGUGUUGAUUGCCUGUUUUGUCAACAGAAAUAAAGGAGGGAAGUAUUCUGUAAAAGAAAAAGAAGACCUUCACCCAGACGUGGAGUCCCAGGGUAUGAAUGACGACACAUUUUGUGAGUACAGUGACAACGAUGAGAAGCCACUGAAGGGCAGCCAACACUCACUGAGCAGAGAGAUCAAAGCGGGGGACAGCGGGGACAGUCUGGUGGACUACGGCGACGAGGAUGCUCAAUUCAACGAGGACGGCUCUUUUAUCGGCGAGUAUGCGGGGCGAAAGGAGAAGAGGGUGUCCACUGAGAUCAAAGCCACCGUUCAGACCCCAGCAUGAGGAGUGGAACUGCCAUCCAUCCUCCCCCGGACACCCUUUUCAUUAAACCUGCUGGGAGGAACAAAUGAAAGAGGAAACAGACAUUAUCCAUACCGAGCACAAGUUUUGUGUCAAAUGUAAUGCGUCAUUGCCAACUGCACACUGCCAUCCUCAUUUUAUGAAGCUCUGUUUUGUCAGGUUGCAACAGAAUGACCAUUACUAAAUACCGUGUAUAUAUAGUGUAUAUUCUGUGUGGAGUGUCUUUUUUUAUAAUUGUUAUUACAUAAAACAUUUAGAGGGCUUGGAUUUUCUUUUUUCUUUUUCCAUUACUUCAGCUGCAGUGCUGUUUGUACAAAUGUUAGAAAAAUUUCACUCCCCAUUGCACAUCGUUACAUGCAGCUUUGCCUCUGAUGUCAUCUUGUAGCAGACCACAGCAGAGAGGGAAUAUCAAGUUGAUAAUUUUCAAUUGGAGCAAAUAUUACUGACCUUUUAUAUUUGAAAUGGAUUCAUUAAAUAUGAUGUAAAAUGUGUAUAAAGGUUGCUUAUUAACUUAUUUUUUCCUGUGGUUUUAUACCUGACAAAAUAACAAGGAAAUUUACAUAUCAACUCAUAUCAUAAACAUUGAUUCUUGAACCAUACAUUUCCCUGUGAUGUUAGAAGAAAAGAUAAUUUAGUUGUAAUGCCUUGUUUAUGAACAUUUAGAACCAUUGAACAGUAAAUUACAAACCUCAGACUGUGCUUAUUGCUGUACCAGAUCUGGAAGAGAUUUUCAAAAAUGUAAUCCAUUACAGGUCACUAUUUACCUGAUUAUACAGUAAUAAGAACUAGUAUAGUAGUGUAAAUCAGUUAUUCACAUUUUUAUAAAAAAAUCACACUGGUUAUUUUACAAUACUACAACUGCCAAUAAUGACACAAGUGAAGUGUCUCUCAAAUUUACCUCUUAAAAAGGUUUUAUUUUUGUCACAUAAGCUUUAUAGGAAUAUUUUGACAUUUUGAGAAUACACACACACACAUAUUUGCUUUCUUGCCAAGAGUUACAUAUGAAGAUUGAUACCAGUCUCGUGUCUUUACAGUAACACUGUUGCCCAUAAAAUUGGAAUAAAAUAUUUUUUACCUCUUCUCAUGAAAUUAUUGUGACAAUGUGAUUUAUUCUUGAAAAAGUGUAUAUCUUCUCAAAACAAAAUUGGUAACGGGGACUCAGUAUGUAAUCAUUGCACCUGGCCAAAGGUGAUUACUGACUUGUAUACAUAGGAAUAAAAAGAGGAAUGUGUCUGAAAAAAUUAUUCCAACUUUAUGGGCAACAGUGUAUGAUACCACACCCAGCAGUCAGUCCGCUUAGCUCAGCAUAAAUACUGGAAACAGCUAGUCGGGCUAUGCAUAUUUAAAACUCAGAUUAACAUAUAAUUUAUGUUGUGUUAUGUUUGUUGAAUUUGUAUAAAGACUUAAGUAUAAAAAACAUCACCUCAGGGCUAAGAAAUAGCCCAUGUAAAACGGAAUUGUCCGUACAGGGUGUACCCCGCCUCUCACCCAGUGACAGCUGGGAUAGGCUCCAGCCCCCACACAACCCUUAACGGACAAGUGGUAUAGAUAAUGGAAGGAUGGAUGGAAAAUAGGGAAUUGUCAUUUUUACACUUCUGUUUUUUGUACAGGUUAAAUAAAUAAGAUAUAUUGUGUUAAUAAGUGUUCUUUAAAAGUGCUGGUAAAGGGAUGUAGAUACCUCUGGACAGAACCAGACCAGCUGUCUCCAGCUAAGCUAAACUAACCAGCUGCUAGCCGUUGUUUGAUGUUUAGCAUACAGACCUGACAGUGGCAUCAAUCUACUCAUUGCAAGAAAGCACAUGAGCAUAUUUCCCCCCAAAAAAUGCAACUACUUUAAAGGGAAUACUCCAGUGAUUUCAUAUUGCACUUCAGAAAUUUUGGAAGACUUGUGCAUAGAAAUACUUUAAAAAGAAAGGUCAAAAUCAUAGCAGCAGAAGUCAAGAUAUCAUGACUCUUAGUCCACAGCAUGGGACGGGCACCAAAAAACUGGACAUUCCCAUAAUGCAGCUUGCCCACACCUUCACCGGAAAUGUUUGGGUUCUUUCAAACUCCACGCCCUGUAAAUUUGUAGUCUUCAAGUCCAAGUUGAGACAACCCAGGUGACAUCACUAUGACAUCACUGCCGUUAUUUCUCAGUGUUGACUCCAGAGCCACAGGGGACAAGAGGAAAGUGCAUCAUACCUGUAAUGGAUUAUAGACUUUUUUUGUAAUCAGAUUACUUUGAUCUAGUUGUAUAUUUGACAUCCACCAACCCUGCUGAUACAAUAUUUUGUAACAGUGUUAUAUCAGUCCUAACAAGCCUUACUGUUAUAUUCAAUUUACUGCCAUUCAAAACACAGUCCUUAUGUUGUUCAGCAUAACAUUAGCACCGUGAUCAGAAAAAUCGCAGUGUUUUGUAAAAGAAUUCAGCCAUUGCAUGGUAAGAAUGUUAAUUGGUGCUUUUUGAUGUCAUUAAAUUGCUUUACUUUCCUACAUUC